AGGAGGCGUUGACAACAAAUCCCGCAGAAUAACAACAUAAAGCAGUACAUGUAAUAUGUUUAAGCUCCGCAUUUGACACAAAUGUAAACGAUAAAUGCUUAAAUAAAGUUAUUAUCAGGUAUUUGUAGCUCCGGUGACAUUUGCACACUCCGUUUGAAACAUGUCCCUUACACCAGAAAAGGCAUCUGAAUUAAAACAAAUAAUUCAUGAUCAUUUAAUCAAGAUGGAUAUCCAUGGUAAAAUUCGUGAUGUUUUAGCUGAGACAGUGAGGGGUGAUGGGCACCAUGGACAACGCUUACUAUCUGAGGAGGAUUUCAUACAUGCUCUACAGCGGAGGGGAAUCGUAGAUGACGUGAUGAAAGAUUUACAUUUUACAGCUGUGGAUGUGUCUCAAACUGAGGCUGAUACUGUGAACAAGUCAGCAACCCGUUUUGUGGACAGGAACAUCACACAGCCGAAGACAACUAAUGUCAAUCCACUCAGAAGAUACCUCUACCUGCAAGUUCUGGGAGGUAAAGCUUUCCUGGAACACCUGCAGGAGCCAGAGCCUUUACCUGGCCAGGUGUGCUCUACCUUCACCCUUUAUUUACACUUCCGCAACCAGCGUUUCCGCUCCAAACCAGUCCCAUGUGCCUGUGAACCAGACCUACAGGAGGGCUUUCUUCUGGAAAUACAUAGAGAUGGUCCAGGAGACGCUAGCAAAAUGGCUGAUGCUACCACAAUGUUGUCCAUCUGUGACCCAGUGCAUAUGGUGCUGGUUAAAACAGACACGUCUGGGGACACAACACUCAUUUCCUCUUAUUUUCUGGACUGGCGGACAGUUCUCAGUACUCCCAAUGGAAAAACCAGUGUCUCAGUAGAAUUGCUUGGAGUGGGCAGUGAAAGUAAAGUACCAGCUGGUGUUCUGAAUCUGAAGUUGGAAAUGUAUCCUCCCCUUAAUGAGACUCUGAGUCCUGAUGUCAUCAGCACCCAGCAAUCCUUGGAAACAAAAACAGCAGAGAAGGAGAGACUGUUUUUGGUAUAUGCUAAACAGUGGUGGCAGGAGUUCUUGGAGAUCCGACCCUCACACCAGUCCAAAAUGGUGAAGAUUUUUGCACAGGACGAAAAUGGUGUUAACCGACCUGUGUGUUCUUAUGUGCGUGUAUUGCGUGCAGGCAGGUUGCUUGAGAGUCCGCGGCAGGCGGCACGCUUUGUUAGCCUGUUGGCUCAAGAAAAAGCACCUGUUGUUGGGGGAGGAGUCAGACAGGAACAGUGGUGCUCAAUGAUGGCCUUUCUCUGUAGGAACAAGGGUGACUGUGAGGAUCAUGCCACACUGCUGUGUAGUCUGUUGUUGGGCUUUGGGCUGGAUGCUUAUGUAUGUGUGGGCACCAAAGCUAAAAACAUUCCACACACCUGGGUCAUGACCUGUGGCACAGAUGGCUCUGUCACCUUUUGGGAAAGUUUCACGGCACACAGAUACCUCCAUCGUCCAAUAGACCCAGACGCCCCUCCCAUGGUACCCCAGCCGAAACCCACCCACCCUUAUCGGACACUCGGCUGUGUUUUCAACCACAAGAUGCUCUUGGCGAACUGCCAGCCAUCGGAUGCUGUAGAGCUGUGUGUGUUUGACUUCACUGAUGGCUCCCGCUGGAAGGCCAUGAGUGAGGAGGCUGUGCGGUCUGUGUGUGUACCUGGCUCCACCUCCUCUCUCCCGCCAACUCCUCCUCUCUGUUCCCCCUCUGUGGUGCCCAAUGAGGCCAGCAACCAACUUGAGCUGGAGAUGCGCUACCUACUAGCAGAGCACAGGAAGGACCUCAGUCUGGCCACAGUCUGGGAUGAUCAUCUGUCGUACCUGCUGUCGGCAGCACUCUCAGCAUAUGAACUUGAGCGCUGUACUGGUGUGUCAUGUGGAAACGAGGAGUUCCAGGAUGCUGUGAGAAGGGCGGUGCCUGACGGACACACUUUUAAAGGCUUUCCUAUUCACUUCUUGCAUCGCAAUGCACGCAGGGCGUUCGCUACCUGCCUCAGGUCACCGUUCUGUGAAGAGAUAGUUUGCUGCCGAGGGGAUCAUGUACGACUAGCAGUUAGGGUUCGUGUGUUUGCGUAUCCGGAGUCAGCCUGUGCUGUGUGGAUCAUGUUUGCUUGUAAGUACAGAUCAGUGCUUUGACCGAGAGUAGCGCCAGGCUUACACCACUUUCUUUAAACUAUUUGUGGUUUGAGAGUGUUAGAUGUUUUAGAAUGACAUGUAUACCAUUUACUGUAUACUGCUCUUGUGUCUGCAGUACAGUUAUAA